CACACACAUACAUACAUACAUACACGUAAUACCAUGGCCGCACCUCAAGCUGGGCCCAUUCCGCAGCAGUACACAGACGUGAGCGAGGCGCCCGUGGACGACGCGGCAAGGCGGGGACGGAGGAGCCGAACACGACUGCCGGCAUCAGCCCGGCCAGCAGAGCUCUAUCCGGAUGUGGCCACGUCGGAGGAGACGCGUUCGUGCACUGCUUCGCUUAAUCGGCUGUGGGCAUGCUACGCACCGGGUAACUACUUUACCACCUACUACCGGACCGGCUCCUUUGUCGACUGCUCGGCAGAGUGGGCUGCCUUCAAGGCCUGCACCCGGGUUGCUCGCGAUGGCGCCUAUCGCGCCAAGCUGGACGAUGCAGAGGUUGAGCGUUACGUCAACGGCCACGUCCUUAAGCUCCGUCGCAUUGACGAGCGCCCGCCGGACGGCUUCUGCGUCAACGUCCGCACCCCAGACUCGACCGAUCCGCCGCCGCGAGUUUCGUGA